CUCUUUGUUGCGAUGGAUUCUCCUAGGCAAAGGACACGAAGGAGCACUAAAAGGACAUCCAGGCAACCAUCACCAGAGCGAAUAAGAGUUAGAUCCAAGCCAGCUUCUUCCGCACAACCUGAAGCAGGUCCUUCAAGGAAACAACCAAGGCUGUCUAAUCCACUGGCACAAACACAGUUAGCGAACUUCUCAUCUGGCGCAGACUUCAUCGCAUUUGAGGGGGAAGAUGAUGAUCGUCCGAGGCGUUCCACCCGCGAGUGGGACAAAGGCAAAACCGAGCGGAAUUGGGAUCGAGAUGGUCAUGCUGCUGGCAGGAAGAGAAGAUGGGAGGAAAGUGACCGAGACGACGCCUCGUCAUUGAGACAUGCUGGAAGCAAGAGGUCAACCCAUAGAUUGAGGAGAACUCCAUGGACAGACUAUGUUGAUUGGGAUAGCUGUCGAAAUGUGGCUGAAUUGAUGCAUAAAGAAGUAGAAGCAUACUUGAAAUACGUCUCACCUACUCCAGUCGAACAUGAAGUGCGAUGGAUGGUCGUCCAGCUCAUCUCCAGUAGCAUAAAGAGAGUCUAUUCAGACUCGGAGGUCUUGCCAUUCGGCAGUUUCGGCACGAAGCUAUAUUUACCACAGGGAGACAUUGAUCUCGUGGUGCAGUCAAGAACUCUGGCAUCCUUUGAGAAAGUCACUGCAUUGAAGUCACUUGCGAACAUAGUCAAGAGGACUGGACUUGCAGAUAAAGUUACCAUCAUCUCGCAAGCUAGAGUACCCAUCAUCAAAUUCACUACAUUAUAUGGUCGUUUUGCUGUCGACAUUAGUAUGAACCAAUCGAACGGCGUGAAGACGGGAGACAUGAUCAACCGAUUCCUUAACGAAUUUCCCGCACUUCGCGCAAUAGUCUUAAUCGUCAAGUCUUUCCUUAAGCAACGUAAUCUGAACGAAGUCUAUUCAGGAGGGUUGGGAAGUUACGCAAUAGUCUGCCUCGCUGUAAGCCAUUUGCAGAUGCAUCCGAAGGUUCGACGUGCAGAGAUCAAUUCUGCGAAGAAUCUCGGCGUUUUGACGCUUGAGUUCUUUGAACUUUACGGGAAAUAUUUCAACUAUAACAACACUGGCAUUUCGCUACGUCAUGGUGGUUCGUACUUCGGCAAGCAAGAGAGAGGGUGGAGGGAUUAUAACAAGCCUUACUUGCUGUGCAUUGAAGAUCCUGGUGACAUUAGUAACGAUAUCUCUAGGGGAUCUUAUGGAAUAAAGAGAGUGAAGCAGACGUUCGCCGGCGCGUACGAUAUGAUGCUCUCGUCUAUCUAUCUCGUUGCACAGAUCCUGAGCGCUCGACAAGACUCUCGAGAUGUAGAUUUAAGGAAAGGCAGUAUGCUGGAACGCGGUGGGGAUGAGCUGAGUGUACUGUCAGCUAUACUUGGUAUCAAUCAAGAAACGAUUAACCAUCGUCGACUUGUGCGAGAAGUGCACGAGGAGGGGGAGCUUGCACGUAUGCUGGGCGUUGAACCGCGGGUGGGACUUCCUGGUGGGAAGACGCGGGGUAGGGAGAAGGAGGCGGAGAGCGUCGUUGAGGCUUGGGAAGAGGCGGAAAGUAUGAGUGAAUCUGACGAGGACGGAGUGGAUCACCAGAUGGACGUGAAUGCACUAAAUGGACGUCUUCAGGAUGACCGAGAGAGCGAAAACGAGAGUCGGUACCGCAUCAAGGCCAAGCAGAACGGGAAACAUAGGAGCUCACGAAGUGCAAGUGCGAGUGAUGGACCGAGUAGCCGGAGACAAGCUGGACCUUCUCGGGUGGCAAAACGAUCUCGAAUAGACACGGCGUACUUCGUUGCAGACGAGGACUCCGAGAGCCAUGCCACGACCGAGCAAUUUGAUCGUGAUGAACCGAUUCGAUCUUACGUCGACCCGAACGUCGACUCCACUGCUGCUGGGUCUGGCGACGAUGACGAUGAUGACGGGCUUGACGAGAUUGAACGUGCGUACAUCGCUGCUGCAGAUGCUUUCGCCGACGACGCUCAUCAAUUAGAUGACGAGUAUGACUCAGGUCCGGCGUUUACGGAAGAGGCUACAGGUAGUAAAGGGAAGGGAAAGGAGAAAAGCAUAAAUGGACGGAUGAAUCUGAAGAGAUCGUUGAGUGGAGAUGAACGACGUGCGUUCUGGGCUUCGAAGUCAGUACUUGGUGGAGAUCUUUCAGAAUUUGAAGAGGACCUUGAGUGGGGGUGAACGGCAUGCGCUCUGGGCUUUAAGGUCGUUACUUGCAGAAGAUUUUUCAGACCGUUCGUAACUGUUCCGCCACUAGCUUAUGGGGGUGUUUUGUUUGUUUGUUCGUUCUUAGAGACUUGUUUGCUGUGCUGUGCUAUUUGCUAUCUGAUACUUC